AUGGUACACUUUUGUCCGCCCCUUCAAACCUGUAUCGCCGUUUGCCUAUUCAAUAAAUCCUAUUCGCAUGACUCCUUGGCAGAUCGCUUCUUUCUCAACCGCACUGUGCCCGAUCGAGGCGAAUUUGUGCUGACUGAAGCUCCUUUGCUGGCCGCCUGGCAGAACGGCAGAUCAGUCGGUUGGCAACUCGGUGGCAGUGGUUCACCCAGCAUCGGAUCUGCAACAAGCGUGACGUCAUUCAAGAAGUCCGGUCGAGAAGCGGCCGGUCGACUUAUGGAGGCAGAAAAGCCGGCAGCCCUUUUACCGGCUGAGUUCGUGAUUGAUGUCCGUACGAAGACUGGGGAUCCCGUAAGUCUACGAAACGCCACCAGGACAGACAGCUCGAAUCUUUAA